UGCAGGUCAGCACAACACAGCAGCCAUGAAGGCCUUCGUUGCAAUUGCUCUCCUAUCCGCCGCCUCCCUGGCGUACGCUGGACCCCGUCCCUCUUCGAAGGUGGACGUCCGCGUUGGAGGCUUUGGAGUUGGAGUACCCGGCACUGGAGUCUCCGGAAGCGGCCUACGCCGCCCGGCAGGACCUUCCAGUGUCUCCGGAUCAUUCUCUGGAUCGCUCCCCGGAUCAUUCCCCGGAGUAGGCCUUGGAAGUGGAGUAGGCUCCUUCGGAUCUGGCUUUGGAGGUGGAGCAGGCUUUGGAAAUGGAGCAGGAUCCGUGGGAUCUGGCUUUGGAAGCGGAGUAGGCUCCGUCGGAUCUGGCUUUGGAGGUGGAGCAGGCUUUGGAAAUGGAGCAGCCUCCGUGGGAUCUGGCUUCGGAAGUGGAGCAGGCCCAGUCGGAUCUGGCUCCGGUUUCAGCUCAGGUUUUCCCUCAGUAGGCACAUCAGGAGGAUUCGGAGGAGGAUCUUCUGGCAGUUUUCCUACAUUUCCAAGCGCAUUUCCCGGAAGUUCUGUCUCUUCUUCCUCUGGUAGUUCCGGAUCUUUUGGAUCUAACGCUGGGCCCGCAGGACAGCCUGGCUUUGCAGGAUCUUUUGGCGUAGUUCCGAGUGGAGGCUCGUUCGGUUCGUGGUACCCUGGAGGCCACGGUUUCAUUAGUGGACCCGCUUAUGGCCCUGGGUAUUACGGAAACAGCGGAUUCGAUGGCUUCUACGGUAGCGGCUUCGGCAGCGGCUUCGGCAACGGUUUCGGCAACGGCUUCGACUUCGGCAACGGAGGUUAUUAUGGUGCUGGUUAUGCUCCUUUUGGCAGCUAUGGCUCUGGCUACGACACCGGUUAUGGCAACUUCGGCGGUUUCGGCGGCCCCUCUGGUUUUUACGCCUUCCCUAGCAACGGUUACUUUGGUGUCCAGCCGGGCUACGGAUUUGGGUUCCGCCCUAGCCGUUUUGGAAGCAACCGUGGUAGUGCUGGAUCUUCCCGAGCUGCGGGAGCAAGUGGAAAUACUGGCUCUAGAAGCUCCAGCUCACCCUCUGCUUCCUCUAGCCAGUAAUGAAUAAUCAACAAUACUAGGCAUCUUACAAAUACCGGAGUUACAUGCAGUGGUUCCCUAAUUAUUUCAAAGAACAAGAUAGACUGUCAGCUCAAUAAAUGUACAGUUCACAAGUUCUCCGUCCUACUUCGGAAUGACUCAACAAUAAAUAUGAUGUUCCAAAUUCCUA